GCGCGAUAACAGCGUUUGUCCUUCUUGGACUCAGUUUUGUGACCGGCUGACGGGCUGAACGGGCGACGGACGAAGAAACUUGAGACAAUCACACCGAGAUCCGACAUUCAGAGGGUGCCCAACCCUCCGUGGGAAACUGAAUGAGACGCUUCGCAAGAGGAGUGGGAAAGAACCAGCAGAGAGAGUCUUGGUGAGAUAGAGGAAGAUAAGGCAGCGUGAAAGCAGAAGGGAGAAGGAGUGACUGACACCUGCCCUCCAGCUCCAGUGUGAAGGGCACGGAAUGAGAGAGUAAGAGGAGGGGCAUGAAAAGAGGGAAAACAGAGGAGAGAAUGAAGACAACCGGAAAACAAGGCCUGCCUCACAGCAAACUUCGCUCAAAUUAGGACAUCUCGCAACAAGACAUGAUGAUUACAAGAAACCUGCUCCUAUUGGUUUCCCUGUGCCUGUGGGAGGGGCUUGCGGGAGUUGCCUUGGCCAGUAAGAUUGUUCGCAGGAGAGGGGUGCUGAAGCUAGGGGAGAGCAGAGCUGCGGACCAAUGGGAUGCAAGCGUGGAUGCGAAUGCAAUGCCCGUGGUGACUUUUAGAAACCUGAUUAGUCAUGAGCAGAUGGGUGACGCUGGAUCUUUUCCUCAUUCCAAAAUAUUGCAGAGUCAUGCUGCUCCAUCAGUAGCUAACAAGGAGAGGCAAGCUUUCAAGCCAAAGCGUGAGGUUGACUCUGUCAAUAAAAAAGAAGUGACUUUGCACAUGUUAGCCAAUAACAAGGAGCUAAACCAGGAUGUAAAGAAAGUCAAGAACAACAGCAAGACGGCUGAGACUUCUACCAAAACAGAAAGGUCCGAGAAGACGUUCACAAUCCACCAUAAGCCAGAUCUACACACCAAUAAAACCAGGUUUAAAUCAGGCUCUAGAUCCAGGAGCAGACCUGAUUUGAGUGUCCAUACUACAGGUGUGCCAGGAAAAGGAUUCAGCAUAGAUUCAAACCGAAAGCUGAACCUCACUGGCAGUUAUGGGGUUCUGAAGCUGCUGUCGAAAGAAAACCUAGUUAGGAUCGUUAAUUCCCAAAUGCAGAGCGUUCCCAGUCUGAGCUUUCCGAGCAAGGGCAGCCGGAGCAGGAAGAGAGAUUUGAUUGACGUUAAUCACAGACAGUUGGAGGCUCAGAAAGUGUUGAGACAAGAUAUGGCUGUCACUCAGCUUCACACUGGAUUUGAUAAUCAGACUGCAUUUCCUUAUUUAAGUCCAGUCACCACCCCAGAUCUUAAUCGAGACCAGGGAGCCAACACUCGUAUUAGUCCACUGAGUGAAGUCAACCCAGCUUUAAGUAAAGGGCAGGGCAACUUGGGAACGCAGGGUUCAGAUAGUGGCGAUAGCAAGAGCAAACACCUCGUCCGUUUACCGUCAACACCUCGCAGCGAGGUCAGUCUCAGCCCUGGGAAAGAAGCACCAAUCAGCCAAACAGAACCGCCAUUUACAUCGACAAAACAUCUCCCAGUGUAUGUUCCCUCUGAAACAAAUGAUUCUCUGCCAUCUGUGCUGACAAUGCAACCCUUGGGAGCACGACCGGGGAACAGAGCAGCAGAUCCCCACAGAGACCCAUUAACAGAGUCAGUUCACACUGCUCAGACAGAACUCAGCACAGCUCAGUACCCUCCAGAUGAAGACAACAAACUUGUCAACAGCAGUCAUGUCCUGAGGCUCCACCCAGCUCCCGAAUGGAGCCGCGAUACAAACGACGCUGGGAUGCAAGCUGUCGAUCCAGAAAAUGAGAAGGGCCUCGUGUUUGAGGAGGCAGAGUCCGCGGUGGAAGAGGAGGUGCGUGACCGCAUGGAAGGGAAGGGGUCGCGCUCUCGCAGCAGAAGGAGCUGGAUCUGGAACCAGUUCUUUGUGAUCGAAGAAUACGCCGGGCCUGAACCUGUGCUCAUCGGACGGCUCCACACCGACAUGGACAGGAAUGAUGGACGCACUAAGUAUGUCCUGCGAGGCGAGGGAGCGGGCUCAGUCUUUGUGAUAGACGAGAAGACAGGUAACAUCCACGUCACCAAGCCACUGGACCGCGAGGAGAAGGAUGAGUACCGUCUCACCGCCACGGCCACCGACAGGCAGACAGACCGUGCCCUGGAGCCCUCCUCACAGUUUUUAAUUCGGGUGCAGGACAUCAACGACAACCCACCUAUCUUUGAUGAAGGCCCCUACAUCGCCACCGUGCCUGAGAUGGCAAAUAUAGGCACGUCUAUAAUCCAGGUGACAGCGACAGAUGCUGAUGACCCGACUUAUGGGAACAGCGCCAAGCUAGUGUACACACUGGUGCAGGGCCAACAGUACUUCUCUGUCGAUCCCCAGACAGGUAUUCUGCGUACGGCUGUACCCGACAUGGACAGGGAGACCCAGGACCAGUACCUGGUUUUGCUUCAAGCCAAGGACAUGGGGGGCCACCUGGGCGGAUUAUCUGGGACCACCACCGUCACUGUCAAGCUCACUGACGUCAACGACAACCCUCCACGCUUCACUCAGAGUAUGUGGUCCUUCUCCGUUUCCGAGCUGGCCAUCCCCGGGGCUGAGAUAGGGCGCAUCUCGGCGGCCGACGCCGACCUCGGCGAGAACGCUAAGCUGGAGUAUACCAUCCUGGAGGGGGAGACCGGGGAAACGUUCAACAUCACCGGAGUGAACCAAGAGGCGGUCAUCACGCUCAACAAGGCCGUCGACUAUGAGAGCCGGAGCUCUUACUCCUUCUCUGUUGAGGUCCUCAACCCCAUAGUGGAUCCUCGCUUCUUGCGUCGAGGCCCCUUCAAGGACCGGGCGUCCAUCAGAGUAGCAGUGCUGGAUGCAGACGAGCCUCCGAGGUUCUCCCGAACCCGAUACCUCAUGGACGUAUCUGAAAACUGCCCGCCGGCCUGCACUGUGGGCCGGGUCAGCGCUGUAGACCCCGAUACCGGUCUUACCAAUAAUAUCAGGUUCUCCAUUGAUCCCCAGUCAGACCCAGAGGCUCUGUUUCGUAUCACCCCAGACACCGGCCUCAUCACCACAGCCAUGCAGCUGGACCGGGAACGGGAACAUUGGCACAACAUUACUGUCAUCGCCACCCAGAGAGACAAUCCCAGCCAGGUUUCCAGAGUUCUGGUUGCAAUAGAAACAUUAGACCUGAAUGACAACGCACCCGAACUCGACAGGCAAUACACAACUGCCAUGUGUGACUCAUCCUCCAUCGGGCAGGUGGUGCAGGUGUUGCGGGCGAUUGAUAGAGAUGAGGGAGGGAAUGACAGCACUGUGUAUUUCAGCAUCCCUCCGGAGUCCAGCGCCGCCCUCAACUUCAGCGUCAGGGACAGUGGUGGCCCCACAGCGAGCCUGGUGCUGCUGUCCCAGCUCCAGCCACUGUCCCGCUCCGCAUCCUCCACCCUGACGCUCCACGUGCCGCUGGUCCUGAGGGACGGGACAUCGGGCCUUACCAGCACCGGGACGGUCACUGUGUCCGUCUGUCCCUGUCUGAGAGGAGGGGCACGGGCCGGGGAGAAAGAGAAGGACAAACAGACCGAGGGCGAGUGGGACUGGGAAAGAGAGGCGGUGUGUCUCCCUCAGCAGUCCACUCUGCCUUCCCCUGGGCUCAGUACCGCCGCCCUGCUGGCUAUCCUGGCUUGUGUCGCCACACUACUGGCGGUGAGUGCACUGUCAUUGUCGCUGCGCCGUCAGAAGCGCGACUCCCUGUCACCGCUAGAGGAGGACGACGUACGUGAGAACAUCAUAACGUAUGAUGACGAGGGCGGGGGGGAGGCCGACACGGCUGCCUUUGACAUUGCCGCACUCCAGAGCGCCCCGCACAGCUCACGCUCACGUGGCUAUCGCACCCUGGACAGCAGGAAUGUACGUUACUCCCAUCAUAACCAAGACAAAGCUCGCACCUAUAGCUGGGCUCAGAAUCCGGGUGUGGAUCACAACUACUCAGGACCAAGUGGACCUCUCUAUGGUCGCCUCUGUUACAGCAGCCACACGUUACCUGUUCUCCGCCGCACACCAGGUGGAACAUUUGAACCAGGCCUGGCAGAGCUGGGAUACCGGUUUCCUGGAGGCCAACCAGACCACUCUCUAGUCAUCCAGAACCAGGGGGCCAUGGUAGGGGCCAUGGAGUCUGGGGCGGUGUACAUCGCUCCCACAGACCUCAGCACGGGAAGCCAAACGGGGAGUCGCACGGGAAGCCGUGACGGGACUGCGCCCCAAAGUGGGGUAAGCACAUCGGAUGGAGGAACGCCGAGGACCAAUGACAGCCAGGAGAGAGGAGGAGGAGGGACAGGAACUGCAAGCAACUGCACAGAGGGGAGCAGUGAGGACAAGGCCAACCAUAGUCAAGAUGUGGACUGGUGCAGUGUUAGCUCAUUCUAGUGCUCAAUUAAUAUCUAUGGCUUCUUCCAACUCUUCUGCUCAAUGUCUGUCUCUCCUUUGUCUCAAUCAUUUUUUUUUUUUAUCAUUGCCAUCUCCUGCUUUUCCUCCAUUUGGGCCCUAUGUUAUCCCCCCUCCCCAUCUUUCUGCUUUUAUUAUGCCUCUCAUUAAAUUAUCCUUCAUCCCAUUUGGUACUGUAAUCCUAACCCAACAGUACCACACCCUACCCCAGCCCCGAACUGAAACCACUCGUGCUCGCCUACGUUCCCUCCAGGUGCAGUCGGAGACAUUACCCAGGGAGCAUCACCUCGUCAUGACCCGAUCGGG